UGUCACGCGCCCUGAGGAGCCUGAGACUCCUACUGAGAACUGCAAUCUAACCCACCUCUAUCAUGCUUUCAGCUUGCGUAAACAUAUUUCGGGCUCGUGCCCCUUGCCUCGCGAGCCUUGUUUCCAGCCGUGCACUUUCAGGCAGCGUUGGGCCUGGUACAGCGACCCAACUCGCCAGGUUUGACUGGCAGGAUCCUCUGGGCCGUGAAGGACUGCUGACGGAAGAGGAAAACGCCAUUCGGGAUGCGGCAAGGACCUACUGCCAGGAGAGGCUCCAACCUCGGAUAAUUGAGGCGUAUAGAACAGAAAGCUUCGAUAAAGCUAUUCUUAUGGAAAUGGGCGAACUAGGUUUGCUUGGUGCCACCAUCAAAGGUUAUGGUUGCGCUGGUGUUAGCAGCGUAGCAUAUGGCCUUAUUGCUCGAGAGGUUGAGCGCGUGGAUUCAGGCUAUCGAUCAGCGAUGUCUGUGCAGUCAUCUCUGGUCAUGCACCCUGUGAACGAGUUCGGUUCUCAAGAACAAAAGGAGAAGUAUCUGCCUCGGUUAGCUAAGGGCGAAUUCGUCGGCUGCUUUGGUCUAACCGAGCCAAACCAUGGUUCAGACCCAUCAGGAAUGGAGACGACAGCUGAACAACUGAAGGGAGGUGGAUAUAUCCUAAAUGGCAGCAAAACCUGGAUCACCAAUAGCCCCAUCGCCGAUCUGUUUAUUAUCUGGGCGCGAUGUAAAUGGGACGGCAAAAUACGGGGGUUCGUCUUGGAAAAGGGAACAGAGGGGCUCUCCGCCCCUGUGAUAAAGAAUAAAUCAGCCCUUCGAGCUUCGACUACCGGGUCGAUUUUUAUGGAUUCAGUCAAAGUUGGUACAGAGGCACUACUCCCUGGUACAAGAGGGCUUUCAUCAGCCUUUUCUUGCUUGAACAACGCUCGCUAUGGUAUCGCAUGGGGGGUUAUGGGAUCACUUGAAUAUUGUAUCGAGGUGACGAGAAACUAUGCACUCGAGCGCCGUCAGUUCGGGCGUCCCCUUGCGUCCUUCCAGCUUAUUCAGAAGAAGCUGGUCGACGCGAUGACUGAAGCAUCUGUUGGACUUCUUGCUGCGCACCGUGUUGGUCAACUGAAAGACCAGGGGAGAUGGUCUCCCGAGAUGGUAAGUAUCAUCAAACGGAAUAAUUGUGGGAAGGCACUCCUGCAUGCGAGGAAUCUGCUUGACAUUUUGGGAGGAAAUGCGGCUAGUGAUGAGUAUGGAGUCGCUAGGCAUGCUGCAAACCUGCAAGUAGCCAAUACUUAUGAGGGUACACAUGACAUUCAUGCUCUGAUCUUGGGAAAGGCCAUGACUGGCCAUGCGGCAUUCGCCAACUGAAGGCGUGCACUGCAGUACUUUUUGUACUCCUCUCAUACUCAUGUUACCUUGCCCAUCG